AUGGCUCAAAAUAAACCAACCCCGCUACCAGCAGACAUAAUGGAGUCCCAGCUCUCCACAAUAGACCUCCUAACAGCCAUGUUCCCGUCCGAAGGAGAACUCGAAAUUGAUCCAUCCACGACAGAAUGCAUUGAAAAACUACGAAGCUGGUGCGAGGAUUCCUCUGCGGAUCUGCCUUCUGGGACUCCUUCAAAUAUAUUACUCGCCGUUCAUGCCCAAGUCCCAGGCGGCGAGAAGACGAUACAAGUCAAUGUUUCCAUCCCACUACAAUGGAACGAACCGGGGCCAGAGACAGAGACAGACCAACCACCUCCAUUAAACUACACCUUACGCCAGCCGGACUGGCUUUCCAAGGCUGAGGUUGCAGAAUUAUCUUCGUCAAUGCCGAAUGAUGAUAUAUUAUCCGCUCUAGAGUACAUCCAAGAAGAAGGCGCCCGCUUAUUGGAAACGCAAAAGAGUUCAAUAUCCUCUACAUCAGCAUCAAACCAGCCUUCGACUAGGAAUAACAACUCAACCUCAGGACCAAUUGUCCGUGUGUGGUUUUAUUUCCCAUCUCUCUCGACCCGCGCCAAACGAGACGACAUGGUUAACUAUGGCCCCGACUACUCCCUCACCGGCUUUGUCCUGGCGGGGAAGCCAGGGGUUCUAUGUCUCGAGGGCGCAUCAAAAGAUAUAGAUUCUUAUAUGAGCUUUAUCAAGACUCAUUCGUGGGGUGAUAUCCCGCGACAUCAGAAGAAGGUCAGCGAGCGGUAUCGGGAGACGGAGGGGGUUGAGAGGGUGUUUGCGGGCAUGGAAGAGAUUACAGACUCCCUUGGGGAACGGGGUGGGCAAAGAGCGAAUCGCGGAGAUAUGCAGGCACUGGAAGGGUGGUUAGCGGCAAAAGGGCUGCAUGAGGCUUUUGAAAACGUGAUUUUUUGA